UUUUUUUGUAUUUAUAAUCAAUAGUUUCGCUAUGACUGAAAAUAAAGUUCUUCCAAAGAUGCAAUAUGUUCGCUUCGGCAACACCGGCUUAAGAGUUUCGCGUUUUGCCUUGGGCUGCAUGUCGUACGGGUCUUCCAAAUGGCAACCUUGGGUUAAGGAUGAAGAAGAGUCUCUCUAUCUGAUUGGUAAAGCUUAUGAGGCUGGUAUUAACUUUUUCGAUACAGCCGAAAGUUAUUCGAACGGUGAAAGUGAGCGUAUCUUGGGUAAAGCCAUUCAAAAGUUCAACAUGCCUCGAUCUCGUAUCGUAAUUGCUACCAAGGUCUACUUCACUGUCGAUAAAGAUAUCAGUAAUAAUCUACUUGGAAAGAAAUUAGAUGGUCAAAGUGAGUAUGUCAAUUCGUAUGGCUUGUCUAGAAAACAUAUUUUCGAUUCUGUUGAAGGGUCUUUGAAGAGACUUGGCGUUGAUUAUAUUGAUCUGUAUCAAAUUCAUCGUUUCGAUCAUGAUACGCCCAUUGAAGAAACCAUGGAGGCAUUGAAUGAUUUGGUUCGAUCUGGUAAAGUCAGAUACAUUGGUUGUUCGUCUUGUUUUGCUUGGGAAUUCCAAAAAGCCAACGCCAUUGCCGAAAAGAACGGUUGGACCAAGUUCUCUAGUAUGCAGAAUCUCUACAAUCUGUUAUAUCGUGAGGAGGAGCGUGAAAUGAUUCCUUACUGUCUUGAUAGUGGUAUUGCCUCCAUCCAUUGGUCCCCUCUUGCCAGAGGCCUCUUGACUGGUAACAACCGUAACUCUGUUCGUAUCCAAAGUGACCUUGCUAUCAAUGCCUUCUUCGCAAAGAAGGAAAGUGUCAAUAAUGAUUUGAUUGUGGAUCGUGUUGUUGAAAUUGCAGAAAAGCUCGGUCAUUCCCCUGCUCAGAUUGCUUUAGGUUGGAUGUUGACUAAAAAGCACGUUACCAGUCCAAUUAUUGGCGUUUCUAGAGAAUCAAACCUUUAUGAUAUUAUUGGAACCCUUGAUGUCAAAUUGUCUGAGGAGGAAAUUAAUUAUCUUGAAGAAGCUUAUAUCCCUCGUAACCUCAUUCCCAUGUAAUUGGAUAAAUCGCAUUCAUGAUAAAUAUUGAGAAUAAAAAAUUUAUUCACCAUAAAAAAA